GACGGGAGUGUGUUGGGCGGGUCCCAUUGCGCAUUGAGCGCAGACGCAGUUUUAGGAAAGUAGAGGAGAAAGACAACAGGGCCGCGCCGUGAAGCCAACCUAUGCUUAGCUUAGCCCCUCCUUCCUUUGACUUGACUUGCCAACGCUUAACCCAAGCCCCGCCCCCCUCGAGCCCUCCACUCCUCUCCACGGACCCAAGCCAAAGCCGAAACCACUGCCAAUUGGGCCCUCUCUCUCUCCCUCUCUUCUUCGCAAUCCAGCAUCCAUGGCUUCCGAAGAAGAUCACACCGUCUACGGUGAGGAAGACCUCGACGAUGACGACGACAGCGAGGAGGAGGAUCUCACCCUCUCCACCUCCAUCCCUCCCCAGGAAGAGGAGGAGGAAGAGGAAGAAGAAGAAGACCUCGAUGACGAUGACGAUACCUCCUCCUCUAACCUCCCCGCCGGCCCUAAUCCCCCUCCUUCCUCGGCCGAGGUCACCGUCGCUGUUGCUGGCGUUCCCAACGUCGACUCUGUGGCUCCCACCCACCCUGGCCUCGUCCUAACUGAUUCUCUUCCGGAUCCAAAGCGUCAACGCAUCGAUGACGUCGCGAUCGUCGCUGUUGCUGAGGAGAAGAAGCCGGCGGCAGCGAUGGACGACUCCCGGAGGUUGUUUCAAAGGCUUUGGACUGACGAGGACGAGAUCGAGCUGCUGCAGGGGUUCCUCGAUUACACCACGCUUCGAGGGGGAGGAAAUUCGUCACACCACCAUGAUACGACGGCAUUUUAUGACCAGAUCAGGAGCAAGCUGCAGCUCGAUUUCAACAAGAACCAGUUGGUCGAGAAGCUGAGGAGGCUGAAGAAGAAGUACCGCAACGUCAUGAGCAAAAUCGGUUCGGGUAAAGACUACGUCUUUAAGAGCCCCCAUGAUCAGGCCACCUUCGAGAUCUCGAAAAAGAUCUGGAGCGACGCCGCUUGCCGCGGCGGAGCGGUUGCCGCCGCCGGCGGAGGCGGGGAAGAAGGCGGAUUGGAAGACGAGGAACCUAACCCCAACCCUAACCCUAAUUCCUUCGAUCACAAUAUUAACGGCGUCGAUGCCAACAGUUCAGAGAAAAAGGUGCCAAGGUCCCGGAAGAGAUCAAGGGGAGUAAAAAUUGAGGAAACACAGCAAUUAAAUCAACAACAAUUUGUCCAGACUGCAACUCCAACGGCGACUUCGAUUCCAAGCUUGAUUGAGGAGACAGUGAGGGGCUGUUUAUCCCCCCUCUUCAAAGAAUUGCUUCACAGUGCGAUGAACGGACCGUGUGGUUCCCGGGGGUUUGGAGGAUUGGUGCCAUUAAAUGCGAUGCCUUUGAGCUUUGGGAGUCCUGUGGCAGCGUUAAAUUUUACUGGCGGCGAUAUGACGGAUGAGAAGUGGAGGAAGCAACAGAUAUUGGAGUUAGAGGUGUACUCGAAGCGGUUAGAGUUGGUGCAGGAUCAGAUUAAAUCUGCAUUGGAGGAGCUGAGAUCAAUGGGGAGUUGAAUGAAGCUUGGCUUUCUGGAUCUGUGCAUAUUAUCAGGUUCAAUUUUUGCGAGCUUUACAAGCCUGAUGAAAGAGUACCCCCGGGCAUCCAAGUGGUUCAAUUUUUUGCAUCAGUGUACCUAAACUAUAGCAAUAAGCAACAUUAUUAACCUGGAGAUUGUGUUUGAUAAGGAAUCUGUGAGAUAAGUAGUCUUCUCCUGCCGCGGGGGGGCGACUCUUUUGCAAAACUUGAAUAGCUUAGCAAGGUAUGAACCCUAGCAUAUGCACUGCUGCUAUGGAAGAAAGAAGUAUCAACCCAGACGUUAUAAAACUGAACUCUAUGCCAUUUUGAUUUUUGACAAAUUGGUAAAACAAGGGUGGGUGGGUUUAUUAUGUAUUUCUAUCUUGAAAGCUAAGAAAGUACAAAAGAAAAUUGUAUUCCUAGAAAUGACAACGAAUGAGAAAUCAAAUGGAUGGCAAUAUUUGUUGCU